ACGGCACGUCAUCUGCUGUAGCCCUGCCCUUAGCAGAAGGUUUUUUGUUUCGCCAUAAAAGUCCUUGGCAGUUUGGCAGAGUCCCGGCGCCUUCACUCAUUGGCCGCAGGGGAUGACAGAGCCUCGGGUGGGCACGUGCACUGCCCGCUACAGCGCUCGCCUCGCCUCACACACAGUGAGUGAGUCUGACCACACUGGUCGGUUACUUACAGUCGCGGCUCGCCGGACCUUUUGCCGUCUCCGCCGUCCAUUCUCCACUUGGCCUCAUCGCUCUCACACCUUAUAAAAAAAAAGUAUCGCAAAUGUACUGCUUGAAGGCACUGCGCGGGGUCAGAAAAGGCGCCGCCGAGGCGCUGCUGAAGGACGUCGCGCGCAGGGCUCUGUGCCGCGGGGACGCGCCGGGGUUCGCGCUCCCGAGGAGGGCUGACCGGUUGCUGAGCUCGAGCGCCCCGGUGCAGGGAGCCGCGGAGGCGGAGGGCAGAGACCCGCACGGGAACGUGUCAAGGAAGGGCAUCUUCUCCGGACUGGAAGAUAUGCUCUUCUACACCAUCACAGAUGGAGAGGACAGGAUCUCUAUUUCUCGCUUCAUCUCCGCUGUGAAGAGCACAGGUCUGCUGACCUCUGACCCCCGGCUUCGUGACUGCAUGAGGGAACUGCGAUCUGCUGUACGGGAGUCAAACGGUGAUGUCAUGAUGGACAGUGAGCUCUUCCGAAAGUGUGUGGGCAGCAAUAUUGUCCUGCUGACCCAGGCCUUCAGGAAGAAAUUCAUCAUCCCGGACUUUGAGACUUUUGUUGCCAACAUCAAUCAAAUCUACCACAAAGUCCAGAGGCAGGAGGACGGACGUGUAGCAGACUACAUUCCCCACCUGGCCAAGUUUAGCCCAGACCUGUGGGGUGUGUCUCUGUGCACUGUGGAUGGCCAGAGGUACUCUAUGGGCGACACCAGGGUGCCGUUCUGCCUGCAAUCGUGUGUGAAGCCACUGGAGUACGCCAUUGCGGUUCACGAAGCUGGAACGGAGCGCGUGCACCGCUAUGUAGGCAAGGAACCAAGUGGGCUCAAGUUCAACAAGCUGUCCCUGGAUGAAGAAGACAAGCCCCAUAACCCUAUGGUCAACGCCGGGGCAAUUGUCAUCAGCUCCCUCAUCAAGCCUGGCGCAAACAAGGCAUCAAAGUUCGACUAUGUGAUGGAUUUCAUCACUAAGAUGGCAGGCAGAGAGUUUGUGGGCUUCAGUAAUGCCACGUUUCAAUCAGAGAAAGAGACGGGAGACAGGAAUUAUGCGAUUGGAUACUACCUGAAAGAGAAAAAAUGCUUUCCCCCAGGGGCCGACAUGAUUGAUGCUCUGGACUUCUACUUCCAGCUGUGCUCCAUCGAGGUGACCUGUGAAUCCGGUAGCGUGAUGGCCGCCACGCUUGCCAAUGGUGGCAUCUGUCCCAUCACGGGUGAGCGGGUGUUGAGCACUGAGGCCGUGCGCAACACACUCAGCCUCAUGCACUCCUGUGGCAUGUACGACUUCUCGGGCCAGUUUGCCUUCCAUGUGGGCUUGCCUGCAAAGUCAGGGGUGUCGGGAGCCGUGCUGCUGGUAGUGCCCAACAUCAUGGGGGUCAUGUGUUGGUCUCCCCCCUUAGACAAGGUUGGAAACAGUGUUCGCGGAAUUCACUUCUGCCAGGAACUGGUGUCUGUGUUCAACUUCCACAAUUACGACAACCUGAGACACUUUAUGAAGAAGCUGGACCCCCGGCGACAGUCAGACGACGAGAGGAACAAGUCUGUGGUGAACCUGAUGUUUGCAGCCUACAGCGGGGACGUGUCAGCUUUGAGAAGGUUUGCGCUGUCUUCCAUGAACAUGGAGCUCAAAGACUAUGACUCGCGCACAGCCCUCCAUGUGGCAGCAGCUGAAGGUCAUGUGGAUGUGGUGCUGUUCCUGACAGAGGUUUGCAAAGUUAACCCCUUUGUCAAGGACAGGUGGGGGAACAUUCCUCUGGAUGAUGCUGUGCAGUUUGGCCAUGAGAACGUGGUGAAGAUUUUGCAGCAGUACCACCAUCUUUACAGUGCACCGGAGUCCAUGCCUCGCAUGGAGGACAACCAGAAACUGGAAACCAUGAAAGGUGUUGCCUGAUCUGGCUGCCUAUAUGUGGACCCUAACAUAGUGCAAUGUCAGAGUACUUUGUGGGACCUUUGCUCUCCUUCGUUUUCCUCACAAGUACAUUUUUGUUCUUUCAAGUCAUCUAAAAGAAAGGCCCCUCUUCUCCUCUCAUGAAAUAGCUAGUGGAAGUAGGUUCAAGAGAGUGUGUGUGUGUGUGUGUGUGUGUGAGAAUACAUAUAUGCAUUUUUCUACAAAAAUGUGGUUUCCAGUGUACAUUACUCAUUGUAAGGUGACCAAGGACACCUAAGUAAAUUUUUCAAAACAGUGGAAAUGGUGAAUGUUCUGGCCUACUUAGAAAUAUCUGUACACUCACAAACACACACAAGAUACAUCAAGUGCACUCUUCUGAAGUAUUUCAGGUUUUUUUUUUUUUUUUUUUUUUUUUUUUGACCGACCUUGCAUCGUGUGUCCUAUCAGCCUUUAAGUUUAAAGUAAUGGAGCGAAAUAUUAUGAUGUAUUUAUGAUCUGUACAGUAGAUGACAAAUUUAAAAAAUUCAAAUCAAUUUGUCAGGGGUGGUUGAACAGAGAAAUGUUUUCAUGUCUUAUAUGAUUAUUUGAAGAAAAUGCUUUGUUUAAUGUAAAAUGUAUUAUCAGGGAAAUUUUGUGGUAAAUUACUGUGAACACUGUAAAAGUGUAAAUAAAAAUUUCUGUGAAUAUUAGCAAAUACAUUAAUGAAAUGUAAAUUGUAAUUAACUGUUGCCAUCCACAUUUUUUCCUGUGGUAGAGACUGAAAUCACGUCAGUGUGUCUAUUCGCUGGUUGUUAAACCAUUCACUUUGAUUUGGA